AUGAUUACUAUCAUGGCCGGGGCUGAGACAGCGUCGGCCACCCCUUGCAUAGGCCUCGCUACCGCCCUCUUUACCGUCAUGUCCAUCCCCGCUAUACGGUUGUGCUCGGACUAUCUGGCUUUGCCCUUAUCUUCUUCUCGAGCCAUUCUCUUGGUGCUGUGGCUGGUGACUGCCGCGCUUACACCCGGCAUGACAAAAAUACUGGGCCCAAACGCGUUCGUAUUUUAUGGUGCCGUCCUCUCGAUACUCACGGUGAAGGCCAUAAUCGAAGGGCAUCUCAAUGCGUGGAUGACGUCGUCCAUGGAACUUCUUGCCUAUCCCAAGGACAGGAUAUGGAAUCCUCAUCUACUGGCGACACGUUCGGCGACAAGCCCGCCCAUGAGCCUCGCCUCCUUUGAUAUCUUCAUCAAUUUCGAAUGA